CAAUCUGAAAAAAAAAAAUCCUCUAUUUCAUUUUAUCUGUAGCUGCUAUCACAGCUCCGUCUGUCCUUCACAGCCAAGCUUUUUGAAUAGCAGAUCACAGUUGUCCUAUACUGGUGAUGAUGUCCAAAUUGAAGACAGAUUUGCUGUACAUCACAAGUCACCACUUUCUGGGGGUAGCCCACUCCUCUCCUUGGUAUCCUUUCCUUUUCUGAAGUUUUUUAAACAUAAAAAGAGGAUUCUUCCAUUUGGAUGUUUUAAUAUAACUGCAAACUCAAUUUAUAUUUAAACCAUUACUUUAUUAGAAAAUUUUAGUCUAAAACUAAUGGCCUGCCUUUUUUUUGAGAUGGAGUCCACUCUGUCGCCCAGGCUGGAGUGCAGUGGUGCGAUCUUGGCUCACUACAACCUCCGCCUUCUAGGUUCAGGCGAUUCUCAUGCCUCAGCCUCCCGAGUAGCUGGGAUUACAGGCAUGUGCCACCACACCCAGCUAAUUUUUUUAUUUCUAGUAGAGACGGGAUUUCACCAUGUCGGCCAGGCUGGUCUCGAACUCUUGACCUCAAGGUGAUCCGCCUGCCUCACCCUCCCAAAGUGCUGGGAUUACAGGCGUGAGCCACUGUGCCUGGCCUAUGGCCUGGCUAUUAAUGGUGUGUAAUUCUUAUUGAAUGGCUCUUUUCCCACUUAAUGGAAAGGCAUUAUUCUGUGACCAUCCUGGCCAACACCGUGAAACCUCGUCUCUACUAAAAAAAAAAAAAAAAAAAAAAAAAAAAAAAAUUAGUCAGGCGUGGUGGCGAGCACCUGUAGUCCCAGCUACUCAGGAGGCUGAGGCAGGAGGAUGGUGUGAACCCAGGAGGCGGAGCUUGCAGUGAGCCAAGAUAGUGCCACUGUACUCCAGCCUGGGCGACAGAGAGAGACUGUCUCCAAAAAAAAGACACUAUAAAAGCAUACAUAAUCGUAAAAAUAUUUGUAAGUUUUAAGUGAAAACUGAAUUUCAAAAUAGUAUCAAUAAAUACUUCUUUUUUUUUUUCUUUUUUGAGAUAGGGUCUUGCUCUGUCCCCCAAGCAUAGUUUGCUGCUGCCUCAAACUACCAGUGAUCCCCCCACUAUAUAAGAAUAGGGUCUCAGUUGAAGCUGUGGGUUUUGAACUCUGGAAACAAAGGGAGUUGUUCUGUAACAGGAAAUGAGACAGUGCCCCACCGCAUGGAGAUUCCCAGGUUUGAAACAAAGAAACCACAGAAUAUGCUGCAAAGCUGUGUGCCAUGGGCAGAAGAGUGAAAGGGGACAGCACCUGUGAGCCUCACGGAAGGGCUGGCCAUGGUUUGACCAACAACUUGAAUAUUGCUGGCCUGACCAUUCUUUCACAGCACAUGUUCACCUUCUAGUUCUUUCCCUUUUGUUUAGUAAAGGCUUUUUGGUGGGUUUCAUUUUACCUCUUGCUAAAAAGAAAGAGGGCCUUGGGUCCAUGUGGGGGCUCUGAGCUUUUACUGGAGAACGGUGUGGCCCUGGAGCUGGCAUGGUGGUUUAAAUGGUCACCCCUGUGUGAUGACUACAGGGAGGAAAGUGGUGAGGGCCACUGUUCAGGUAGCCACACAUCUGGACAUUCCCUGGACAGUACUGAAGCCUGGAGGUUCAAUGUUUUAUUUUCACAGAAGAGCUGCUUACCUUAAGAGCAUGCUGGACACUCCCUAUAACCUAGACACCCAUGCAUGAAACCAGGGAGUCAUCUACUCAAACUGUCAUCCGAGGUGUCUUUCCUUGAAAUAAAUACUCCAAAGAAAAUAGUGCUACUCUCAAGAACAGCACAGUCCCAUAAAACUAUUGGUGAUGAUGGAAUGUUCUGUAUUUGUGCUGUUCAACAUGGUAGCCACUAGCCACAGAGGGUAAAUGGACACAUUUUGAAGAUGCCACAGCGCCAGGCGUCAUUCGCUUUUUUUAGUCUUUUCUUCAAAUAGUGUCCAUUUACCCUCUGCUCUGUCCUGCAGUCACAGAGGUCAUUGUCCCCAGUAGACUGUCACUUGCUUGUACCUGUGCGUGCAUUCUCUCCACCUUGACUGCCUUCUGUUUUCCCAUCUACCUGCUCAUCUCCCGCCUGCCCCCCUUAGUUUAUGUACCCUCCUACCUCAAGAAGCUUUUAUUUCUAUUUUACAUGAAAGUAAAAUAGAGCACUCGAACGUAAAAUCCUCCAACUGGCGCUGAAGGACUGGUGGCCAGGUUAUUUGGUAUAUAUAGAAUGUCCACUUAGCCUUGCCCUAAUUUUCUGACAAAAUAUAAGACCAUUACAAAUUCUGGCUUUAUUUGUCUUCUAACUUUAGCCUUAUUACAAAAUAAUAUUCAUGGGAAAAAAAGUGACAUCUCACCAAUAGAUUAAUUUUAAUCAUCUUAAAUGAUGGAUCCUACAGCUUUUGGGCCAUUCUGCUGAAAUGGAGGGUGGUACUGCCACUCAGAAAGUGAUGUCAGCUCAAGCCUGAUCUUUCCCAUUCACUCUUUGAAAGCUCUAGAGGGUCAAGGGCAACAAGCUUCUUAGAAGGGGCAGUAUUGUACUAAGCUUCAUGACCCUCCGCCUUUCAGAAGUCCUGUCUGUGUUUCGUGUGGGGGACCAGCUUCAUUGCCCCUGAGCUUGGACCGCACUCCCCAGUCUGGGACAGAAUUCGCAGGGCUAAGCCUUCCAGGCCACUGAUUGGCUUGCUGUGGAUCUGCUAGCAGGAACCUCUGCACACGUGUGAGCAACACUGUCGCCCCUUGGGCCACCUCGCGCCAGUCUCUAAGGCUGGGUGGCCGGGCGCUGUGAUACCAGGGGUGACCAGAGAGCGGGAGCAGCUCACAAUGAUCAAAUGAUCGUGAAGAGGGACACCUGCGAACCCAGGCGCCACGGCAGGUGCUGCCCAUAGGCACCGCAGGAGGGAAUAAAGGGCGAGACCGUCCGGCUUCGCCACAGUUUUCUCAGCCUGCAGGGAGGGAGGACGUGCGAGGCCGAUGCGUGGAGGCUAUGGGCGUGCUGGCCAGUGCUGGUUUGUUGCUAUUGCUGGUUAUCGGCCACCCCAGAAGCCUAGGACUGAAGUGUGGAAUUCGCAUGGUCAACAUGAAAAGUAAGGAACCUGCCGUGGGAUCUAGAUUCUUCGCUAGACUUAGUAGUUGGAGAAAUUCAACAGUGACUGGACAUCCAUGGCAGGUCUCCCUAAAAUCAGAUGAGCACCACUUCUGUGGAGGAAGCUUGAUUCGAGAAGAUCGCGUUGUUACAGCAGCACACUGCCUGCACAACCUCAAUGAGAAGCAACUGAAGAAUAUAACUGUGACUUCUGGGGAGUACAGCCUCUUUCAGAAGGAUAAGCAAGAACAGAAUAUUCCUGUCACAAAAAUUAUUACCCAUCCUGAAUACAACAGCCGUGAAUAUAUGAGUCCUGAUAUUGCACUGCUGUAUCUAAAACACAAAGUCAAGUUUGGAAGUGCUGUUCAGCCAAUCUGUCUUCCUGACAGUGAUGAUAAAGUUGAACCAGGAAUUCUUUGCUUGUCCAGUGGAUGGGGCAAGAUUUCCAAAACAUCAGAAUAUUCAAAUGUCCUACAAGAAAUGGAACUUCCCAUUAUGGAUGACAGAACGUGUAAUACUGUGCUCAAGAGCAUGAACCUCCCUCCCCUGGGAAGGACCAUGCUGUGUGCCGGCUUCCCUGAUGGGGGAAUGGACACCUGCCAGGGGGACUCUGGAGGACCACUGGUUUGUAGAAGAGGUGGUGGCAUCUGGAUUCUUGCUGGGAUAACUUCCUGGGUAGCUGGUUGUGCUGGAGGUUCAGCUUCUGUAAGAAACAACCAUAUGAAGGCAUCACUUGGCAUUUUCUCCAAAGUGUCUGAGUUGAUGGAUUUUAUCACUCAAAACCUGUUCACAGGUUUGGAUCGGGGCCAACCCCUCUCAAAAGUGGGCCCAAGGUAUAUAACAAAGGCCCUGAGUUCUGUCCAAGAAGUGAACGGAAGCCAGAGAGGAGAGGAUUGUAAACCUCAGGGGACAGUGUUAUUUGGAGAAAGUGGGAAGAUUCGUUACCCCCAUUCCAAAGGAGACUACUAUUCUCAUAAUUGCUUAUAUGUUUGGAAAAUAAUGGUACCAGAAGAUAAAAUAAUCCUGAUAAAACUUACAAGUUUAGACAUGGAAAAGCAAGUUGGAUGUGAUCAUGACUAUGUAUCUUUACAAUCAAGUAAUGGAGUGCUUAUUAGUAAGGUCUGUGGAAAAAUAUUGCCUUCACCAUUGCUGGCAGAGACCAGUGAGGCCAUGGUUCCAUUUGUUUCUGGUACAGAAGACAGUAGUGGUGGCUUUGAGCUUACCUUUACUGCUGUACAGAACUCAGAAGCAGGGUCAGGUUGUGGGAGUCUGGCUAUAUUGGUAGAAGAAGGGACAAAUCACUCUGCCAAGUAUCCUGAUUUGUAUCCCAGUAACGUAAGAUGUCAUUGGUUCAUUCGUGCUCCAGAGAAACACAUUAUAAAGUUGACAUUUGAGGACUUUGCUGUCAAAUUUCGUCCAAACUGUAUUCAUGAUGCUGUUGUGAUUUAUGGUGAUUCUGAAGAAGAGCACAAGUUAGCUAAACUUUGUGGAAUGUUGACCAUCACUUCAAUAUUCAGUUCUAGUAACAUGAUGGUGAUACACUUUAAAAGUGAUGGUAGAAAUCAUUUGCAAGGCUUCAAGGCUAGAUUUACCAUUUUGCCCUCAGAGUCUGUAAACAAAUUUGAACCAAAGUUACCUCCCCAAAACAAUCCUGUAUCUACUGUAAAAGCUAUUCCGCAUGAUGUCUGUGGCAUCCCUCCGUUUAGUCCCCAGUGGCUUUCCAGAAGAAUCGCAGGAGGGGAAGAAGCCUGCCCCCACUGUUGGCCAUGGCAGGUGGGUCUGAGGUUUCUAGGCGAUUACGAAUGUGGAGGUGCCAUCAUCAACCCAAUGUGGAUCCUGACCGCAGCCCACUGUGUGCAACCGAAGAAUAAUCCACUCUCCUGGACUGUUAUUGCUGGGGACCAUGACAGAAACCUGAAGGAAUCAACAGAGCAGGUGAGAAGGGCCAAACGCAUAAUAGUGCAUGAAGACUUUAACACACUAAGUUAUGACUCUGACAUUGCCCUAAUACAACUAAGCUCUCCUCUGGAGUACAACUCGGUGGUGAGGCCAGUAUGUCUCCCACACAGCGCAGAGCCUCUAUUUUCCUCGGAGAUCUGUGCUGUGACCGGAUGGGGAAGCAUCAGUGCAGAUGGUGGCCCAGCAAGUCGCCUACAGCAGAUUCAGGUGCAUGUGUUAGAAAGAGAGGUCUGUGAACACACUUACUAUUCUGCCCAUCCAGGAGGGAUCACAGAGAAGAUGAUCUGUGCUGGCUUUGCAGCUUCUGGAGAGAAAGAUUUCUGUCAGGGAGACUCUGGUGGGCCACUAGUAUGUAGACAUGAAAAUGGUCCCUUUGUCCUCUAUGGCAUUGUCAGCUGGGGAGCUGGCUGUGUCCAGCAAUGGAAGCCGGGUAUAUUUGCCAGAGUGAUGAUCUUCUUGGACUGGAUCCAAUCAAAAAUCAGUGGUCCUGCUUCACUUCAGACAAAUAAUAAAUGCAAAACCUUAAAACAACAAUGGCCACCACCCACACCUUCACCAGACAGUGCAUCUUGGCCAGGUUGUUGCUCUGAAGCAGAGCUAGAAAAGCCCAGAGGCUUUUUUCCCACUCCACCAUAUCCACCGGAUUAUAGAGGAAGACUGGAAUGUUCUUGGGUGCUCAGAGUUUCACCAAGCAUUAUGGCAAAAUUUACCAUUGAGCAUCUGUCACUCCUGGGGUCUCCUGUGUGUCAAGACUCAGUUCUAAUUAUUUAUGAAGAAAGACACAGUAAGAGAAAGAUGGCAGGUGGAUUACAUGGGAGAAGACUUUACUCAAUGACUUUCAUGAGUCCUGGACCGCUGGUGAGGGUGACAUUCCAUGCCCUUGUACAAGAUGCAUUUGGUAUAAGCUAUAUUGUCUUGAAAGUCCUAGGUCCAAAGGGCAGUAAAAUAACCAGACUUUCCCAAAGUUCAAACAGAGAGCACUUGGUCCCUUGUGAGGAUGUUCUUCUGACCAAGCCAGAAGGGAUCACGCAGAUCCCAAGAAAUUCUCACAGAACUACUAUGGGUUGCCAAUGGAAGUUAGUAGCCCCUUUAAAUCACAUCAUUCAGCUUCAUAUUAUUAACUUCCCGAUGAAGCCAACAACUUUGGUCUGUCAUGGUCAUCUGCGUGUUUACGAAGGAUUUGGACCAGGAAAAAAAUUAAUAGAUCAUUUACAUGGCUCCAAGAAAGAGUUUAUAUUGAUAUCCAGUGUUGCUUACCUGACUGUGCAUAUUAAGACCCAAUUUCCUAUCAGUGGAGAGUUUUCAUUACUAAUCUGGUGCCAGAGGAAGAUGAUAAAAUAAAUUGACUUUACAUGUAUGACUGCUGGAUGGGGAACAACUGAACUUCACAAUGGAGUCUUGCACCGUCUCCCAGGCUGGAGUACAAUGGCGCCAUCUCAGCUCACUGCAACCUCCGCCUCCUAGGUUCACGUGAUUCUCCUGCCUCAGUGUCCCGAGUAGCUGGAAUUACAGGCACACACCACCACACCCAGCUAAUUUUUUGCAUUUUUAGUAGAAACGGGGUUUCCCUAUGUUGGCCAGACUGGUCUCGAACUUCUGACCUCGUGGUUCGCCUGCCUCAGCCUCCCAAAGUGCUGGAAUUACAGGCGUGAGCCACCGCGCCCGGCUGAUCAUUUCGUAUGAUUCAGCUGCCUAGCUGAAUUAGGUGGCUUAAUGCACCUACUUCUAGUAACACUGAAAACAUAAAGGAGUUUUCAUGUAACUGAAAACCAUCACCUGGCCAUUUAUACAGAUGCUUGAAAGUUUCUUCAUGGCAGAGUCUACAGUCAGCAUUAAGUGAAUUUACACUUUAUCUUUCAGUCUCUCCUUGAAGGUAUAGAUUUUAAUCCAGUUCAGAGAUCUGUCACAUCAGCCAACUACCUGAGUGGCCAUAGUUUUCUAUUAGGUUGUGAGCAGAAAUCAGCGAGAUAAAGAGAACAACCUGUGCCCUGCCUGACCAUCCUCGGCAGCUGGGGUUAGUGUCGGCCAGGAAUCAGGCAUUUGGGAGAACUUCUCUUUUUGCUGAUUGCAGGGAGAUUCUGGAAGACUACCGCAAUGUGCCCGGCAUGGGAAGUACAAGCUUUUCGACAUUGUGAGCUGAGGCAGCAGUCACUGCCAUCCCACUGCACCAUCUUCACAAGAAUUUCUGCCUGCAGCGACUGGAUCACAUCUGCCACUGGAGGAGAAGUGAGAUCACGGGAAGAGCAGUGUGGUACAACUGUGAUUACAAAUGGGAAAAGAAAUGCAUAAGAGUACACCUGAAAAAUGAAUGUCUUGUCAGUGCUGAAAUAUUCAGUGUCACUUCCACCCAUCAUUAUCAUUGCAGAGGUUGGUGUUGGUGUGUUUGUACAUUCAAUAUUAAACAUUGGUCACAGAAAGUUAAUGUUUCAUGCCUCCUGGGAACUUACAAUUUGAAUCGUUCAAUUCAUAUCUUGCAUACCAUGUGUAUGCUGUAUAUUUUGAAUACCAUUAUAUACAAUUGUACUAUUUUUCUCUACUUUGGCAAACACUGGAAGAUUAGAAGGGCAAUAUUAUUAAAUCCAUAUAAUUCUUAACUUUACUCACAGGCAUACAGGCCGGAAACUGCUGUGAGCACAAAUAGAUGGGAAAGGUCCCUGCCAGUUUCACAAUUGUGAUGAGCAGUGGACAUUUAAGAGAUUAUUUAUCAGGCACGUCAAUUGACCUUAACAUUUUAGGAUAUUUCAUUUGUUUAUAAGGUAUUUAAUUUAUCUGAAACUCAGGUUGUCUCAAUCCCCUUACCCCUCUAAGCUGUAGCCAAGAAUCAGGGAGGAACUAAGGAAGGUCCCUGAGCCAGAAGUCUGGAUGCCAAAGUCUGUCACAGAAAUCUGGAAUAUAAAAUGAAUAGGAGCCUGAGGCAACCUUUUUUUCUUAUUUUACACAUUCUACCAAAAUUUAUCAUUUGGUUUCUAAGAAUGCAGCAUUCCAAAAGGGCGUAUGGUUCAGCUUUAGGUAAGCACAUUGAUAAUCAAAUGAGACAGCAAUUCAUAAGGAAAUCGAAAAUUUACAUAUAUAUACUCAAACAACUUUGAAAAGCAUAAUAUUCAGGACUUCUUUCCUAUAGAACUCAAUAUUGUGAUUAAAUUAUAAAAGUUUGAAUUAUUAAGCUGCCAUUUCUGUAGAUUAAAAAAUUUGAAAAUUAGUUACUCUAUAUGAUUCAGCCUAAUAAUUGUAAUUACAAUAAUACAUCAAGAUGUUAGGUUCAGUACAUCCACAUUAUGAAAAUUUUGCUCUUCCAAAUUAAAGUCAAAAAGCUUAUAUACUUAAAUUAGGAAUCCUUAACUCUUGAACAAAAUGGUAUGUUUCCCAAAUAUUUCUGUCUGUAUUUAAGGCUGGAAGUAACUGAGGCUUCAUUGAAAUUGGUUAAUAAUCUUUUUCUAAUGAACCUUCAUUUAAAAGUUGGAAGUCAAAUAUGAGCACAAGAUAUUUCUGUAAUGGUAUUAGAAAAUAAAACUUCCCUCUUUUCUCACUCUCUUUCUCUUUUAACCUCUCUUCCUUGCCUUCAACCUCUUUUGUCCCGCUUCCCCACCUCCUGUGCCCUUUUAUGUUCCCCCUCCCUAACCCCAUCUCUCUGGACUUCUUAUACUCUUUCAACUUCUCAAUCCAUCUCUCCCUUUUCACCUCUGUUAAUCACUUUUUCUUUCUCAAUCCCUCUACUUUUGUUUCAAUUAACAACCUCCCUCUUGUCCUUUCUUUUCUCCCCCUCUCCAAUCUCUUAUACUCUUGCAAAUUCUCAUCCUCCUUCCCUCUCUCAAUCCUUCUUUCUUUCUCAAUGCCCUCCAUCUUUCUCUUUCAACCAACCUCCCUUCCCCUUCCCUUUCCUUUUCUUACUAACCUUUUCUGUCUUUCUCUGUUCCCUCUUUCUCUCAACCCCCUGCCCAUCUCCUCUCUUUUUCUGUCAACCUUUCCUUUCCUUUGCAAAUGCUACAAUGGGAAAGUAUUAUAAAUGUCCUAGUAUUUACUAAAAAGCCUCACAUGAAUAUUGGUCUAAAGGUUCUGCUUUCAUUAAGUUAUACUUUUGGAUAGGAACACUGAGGAAAAAUGAAAGAUGAGAUUUGCAAUAGGGAUUCUCUAAUUCUCAUGUUAAUCUGUUUUGUACCAUUUUUACUUUGUCUUUUGUGAAUCUCUUCUUUUCAUUAGAUGAUGUUAAAGGGGAUUAAAGUUGUACUGUAUGAAA